AUGGAUGCAGCGCCGUACGAUAAUGUAGAGUUUCCUGUCCGCAAACCGGGAACAGGAACAUGGCCUGGACCAGGUCAGCAACAGUCGCAGAUUAAAUUGAUGAGCCAAACCAGUAAGGAUAGGUCCGGUGGUGCCAAAUUAGCACCACUAAUGGAAACCAUGGAAUUAGCAGAUUCUGAAGACCAGCGAAAUCAAUCAAAAACAGUUACAGCCUCGUCCAAAAUAAGUUCUUCGGCAGUAGGUGUUCAAGGUAUUCCACAGUUACAAUCUACUACUGCUAUUAAAAGCAGUUAUCUAUUAUCCUCUAGUGUCUCAUCCAAUUCAUCUCAAAGCAAUCAACAACCACAAUUAGUAAAUGCAACAUAUACACCACAGAAAGUUUCUAAUCAACAACAGACAAUCAAAUAUAAAGCUGAUACUCGUUCUACCAUCACUACCGACCAAGAUGAUUUCUUUGAUCGUAAAGAUUUUAGCGCUGGUUCUAGAAAUAUAUUAGAUAAAGCCUAUUCACAACAUAAACAUUUCUACAGACUAAAUGCUAAAGUUGUAGAGGAAGGUGGUUUAUUAAAACAAGAUGUUUUGGACGUGUAUAAAAAACAGGGAGAAGUUUUUACUUAUGAACAAUUAUUACAGGGUAUGUUAAUAGAUGGAGAGAAGUUAUUAUUAGGAGGUAGUUGGUUAUAUGUUACUGGUGUAGAAUAUCUUGAUGCUGAUGGUAAUAACGUGCUGAAAGAACCAGUUGGCAAGGGUCGAAUCUGUUUAACAAACCAAAGAGUUUUAAUUUUAUCAGCAGAAAUAUACAUUGAUGCAUCAUUAUCAGAGCUUGGUAAUAACAAUAAACCAUCAACAGAAUAUAAACUGGACGUGAGAAAAACCAACUCUACUUAUUACCAAAAUUUACCAUUAACAUGUUUUCAUAGCGCUGAUUUAAACAUUAGUGUUGGUACCUCGGCUAGCAGUAAAAUCAGUAUGAAGAAACCUGUCUGUAAAGGACUUUGUUCAUGCUUUGGAGUGGCACCGUGUGUAACAUCAUGGCAGUCAACUCCACCCAUGACGACAGCAUUUAACAAACGUAUAAUCAGAGUGGGGGUAUCCAUGCCUCCCUGGGCAACCAGAAUGACUUUACUGUUUCAUCUUGAUCCAGAAAUGUCGUUAACGGUGGCUCGUGAUUUUAUAUCUCAGCUACAAUACCAUGCUCCUCUCAUGCAUUAAAGAGAGUGUGCCACGAUUUGCCACGAUUUAUCAAUUCUUAUUAAGUAGGGCCGUAUAUAAAGAAGUUUCCUUAUCUUCUCAGUGGACACAUCCAAUCAAUACAAAUCCAAACGUUAAUGUCCUUUCUAGGCCUGUUACAAAACCCUGCAUUUUCCCCUUAAAAAAAGCGUAACAUUUAAUUAUGAAUAAAUGAUGUAGGCUUAUUUAUUUUUGUUGAGAUUAUGGUUAGCUUUCCACUACUAACUUGACUACAAUGCAAGGGAAAUUACUCUUAUUUCAUAAAUUCUUUUAAUUUUGAACCUGAAACCAACCAGCAUUUGAAAGGCUUUUGCAUAAUAUUAAUGUAUGAAUUUAAAACCAUGUAAACCUAAAUUAUUUUUUAUCCAAUUUCCCUCCUUAUGCAAUCUAUCUAAAUGUUUUCUUCUGUCCAUUAAUUAAACGGUGCUCUUUGUUAAUAUCUGUUGUACAUAAAUUCAUUUAUUCAUAUUAUUUCAUGUAUAUAUUUUAUUUCUAUUAUGUUUUGAGUUAAAUUGAUUUUUGUUCUGUAUCUGUGUAUAAAUCAAUCAUAAUUAAAGUUUUGUAUUU